AUGGAAGUCUUCAGAAAGAAACUCACAAAGAGUGACAUUGAGAAACAAUUGGAGCUACCAAAUGAUGCAAGAAGAGAAGCCUUGCCACCUUUCGAACGUGCUCGGGACAUUGUGUUUCCGAUUAUGUUUGAGCAAGCUGAUAUGGAAGUUGAUGUUCACUGCUCCAGCAGGUCGGGAAGGCUUGCAUUUACUAAAAAUUGGCGUGACAUCGCAAGCCGUCUGAGGCUCAACCCUGGUGAUGUCGUGACUUUGCAUAUGGAAGACCAAGGCACUGCGAAGUACAAACUCACAAAAGGGAGGUCAAGUGGGAUGCUUGUGCUAUGGAAUCAGGAUGCCUUCAUUAAUCGUUUAUGGAAUGCUCACAAUGUUAAGUGGACAACUAUUGGUUCAGAAAGGGAGGUCAGGUGGGAUGAUGGUGCUAUGGAAUCGAAUUCAUGA